AUGUCUGCCAGCGAAACCUCCUCCCUCGUCCGCAUCCCCUCUCCAACCAAGAUCAAAGCCGAACACCACAUCGCCCUCGUCGACCACACAAUUUCGCGAACUCCUUCAUAUUUCGGUACUGAUGCCCAUAACAGUGACAAUGAGGGUGCAGCAGCUACGCCUGGAGCGUCCUCGGGACUUUACAAACGCAUGACCAACAAUUCCAUUCGGCAGACUGUUCGUCAAGAGUAUGCACGGCAAAAGUAUGCAAAGUACAGUCAGGAGCGGUACAACGUGAAGGAUGGUGCUCGACCGCCAGACGAAGACACUGUGAAUACUCCGCAAGUGGGUCAGGAGGCAUCGGCUGCGCAGAAGAGCUAUCUGGAGCGGGCACAAACGAGAGCGAAGGCGCUUAUGCAGCGCAAGAAGACAUUGGGCAAAGGUGACACCGACGAUAUCGUUGUAGAUGUGCUAUACGAGAACCAGCGGGGCAUGUUCUUCUUCGGCAUACCAAAAUACUCCUCCAACUCUUUGCUGCCAAGCGACCCAAGGCCAUGGCAGAACGGUCAGUUCAGGACGAGUGCUGUCGACAUCCGAAACGCGCAAGUACCCGAUCCGAGCUGGGAAUGGGCAUGGAAGAGUUGGUACGUUGACAUGUCGCGCGAUGUGGAUGAAGAAGGUUGGGAGUAUAGCUUUGCAUUCGUUGGAAAAGGAGGCGCUACGUUUGCCUGGCAUGGCAAUCAUCCUUGGUUCCACAGUUUUGUCAGGAGAAGGCGUUGGCUGAGAAUGCGGAAGCGAAAGGACACAAUGCAUCACACCAAGGAGAAGGGUCACGAGUUGACGUCUGACUACUUUACGAUUCAUCCAAAGUCGCUGGUGAGCGGACAAGCAUCGUCGAAUGCCGCCGCGCUCGUCAAAGGCCCGGUGUUCGAUAUCGAGGAGAUGGAUAUCAACAGCAUUGGUGACCUUUUCUUGGCUCUUCGCAGAUCCACGAUUGACAGGGAGAAGAUUGUUGCUAUCAAGAAGUUUGCCAGUGGCGGUGGUGAUGAGCUGUUCUAUCUAGGUGAUCGGAUGGAGGAUAUAAUGGGCAUGCUCAUGUUUCAGUCGUCACGGCGGCAACUGCUGAACGACCUCACUUCACGACACGAGGAUGCUCACCAAGAGCAGAAGGAUCUGGCCAAUCACCAACAUGAGGACAACGACCAGCAGCAGACAGAGCACAGCAGGAAGGCGAAGCAUGCUGAGAACUUGUUGAAAGCAGUGCACGCAGCCGAAGAGCAGGUUCAAAGGCUGGAGUACUGGUCCGACAUCAAAGGUCUAGGCGCUACUGCAGCGAAUGGCGAGGAAGAGAGUCACGAUGUACCGAGCUUCAAGAACAAGCAGAAAGCGAACGAAGGCGCCCAGGGAAUUCACAAGCACGCUGAGCAUGGUAACGAUACUGCAUUUGAGACUGCAUCUGAGGCGCCCAGCAAGAAGAGCAGCGUCUGGUACGACUCGGAGUCCAAGAAAUCCAAAGGCAAGGACAGCAUCAUGGAAGAUGAUGGCGAAUUGGAUCGAUAUACCACGGCCUCAGAAACGCCGUCUGAGAAGACGGCCAAGAGCAAAGGAAAGGGCAAAGCCAAAGCACUUGAUGGCGUAACUGAAGAGCCAGACCAGGAGGAGGGAGAAACAUUGGUCAACACCACCACUGGUGCUAGAGGCAAUCGACGCAGUGUACAGAUUGUGGAUCCUGUACCGGAAGACAUGACGGGUCUAGAUGGCGAUGACAGCGACCAGUACUCUUCCGGACUGACCUCUCCAGCUUCACCGAUUGAUCGUGGAGAAGCCAAGACGCCAGACUCUGUGGCGGGCUUCAUGAAAGAGAUGAGGCGACCCAAAAAUUGGAUUGAUCAGGCCUUUGGGUAG